UCUCAGCAAGGUUUAUUUUUCCGCCUUUGUCUUGUGUACUGAGCUGUAGCUAGUAGUGAAAAUAUUAAACGUUAAGACUGCAGGUUUCCAUUUAAAUUGUAUCACUGAACUCUCCUUUUUUUCUUCUUUUUUCUUUUUUUUUCUUUUUGUUUUUGUUUUUUGGUUGGGUUUUUUUUUUUCCUUUUAAAGAAUUUGGAUUGUCAAGAAUUCAUGAUGAUGAGCCGGCUUUUUCCUCUUUUAUUUAUCUCUGUUCUAUGUAUGAACAGCUUCUCGGGAGUGCAGGGAAAGAAAUGGAAAGGUGAAGGUACUACUCAAAACCUGGAAAGUAUUGUCAUUGGAAGAUGCUAUAAUUAUAUAAGAACUGUGAACCCUGCUGUUGGUGAGAAGAAUUGUUCACAGAUAUGGGAAGCAUUUAAAAAUGCAUUUAUUAACAAGGAUCCUUGCAACAUUAUACCUAAGGAUUAUGAAUUAUUUAUCAAUCUCACAUUGCACACGAUUCCAUCUAACAAGUCUCUUUUCUGGGAAAAUAAUCAGCUACUAGUCAAUAGCUUUGCUGACAGAGGACGUCGCUACAUGUCUCUGGGUGAUACUCUGUUUGGCUUCAUUGGAGAUUUUCUGAACUGGUGUGGGCAGGCAGACAGCCCUGGACUGGACUAUGAAUCCUGCCCAACCACAUUGGAAUGUGAGAACAAUGCAGUGGAAUCUUUCUGGAGGAUGGCCUCAAUCACUUAUGCACAGCACAGUUCUGGGGUGAUACAGGUCUUGCUGAAUGGUUCUGCAGAGGGCGGAGCUUAUCCACAGCCAGGUUUUUUUGCAGAUUAUGAAAUACCUAAUCUCCAGAAAGGCAAAAUCUCACAAAUUUUCAUUUGGGUUGUGGAUGAUCUUGAAGGACCAGAUCUAGAUUCCUGUGGAAUUCAGAGUGUAAAGACAUUAGAAACCAGGCUGAAAACUCUUGGUUAUGAUGUUACUUGCACUGACAAUAACAAGUCUGUAAUGUUCUUACUCUGUCUGGAUAAUCCUGAUAAUUCUAAGUGUGCCCUUGCAUCAUCUGCACCAGCAGUACAAAGAGGACCUAUAUCUUCAGACAGAGGAGGCAGCUGGAACAAGCUCAUGUUUGUUUCUUUUGCAGGCUUUUUGUUCAGAUUUGCUUUAGUGUACUAAGUUAAUCAACUGAAUCCAUAACCUCUGUUUACCUUAGCUGGCUAUAAAUAUGGCUUCAACUAAUUUCUAACAUCAGUUUCACCCUACUUUUGGGACUGGCAAGCUUGCAUAUUAAAACCUUACAUACUAGAUACUGGCUUCUUUUAGUAUCAAAAAUUAUCCCACUUCUGCUAGGAAGCCUCACCCUUCAUUUUAUUUUCUCUUCUAGAAGAAGUUCAUUGCUAUUUCCUCUUAUCUUUAUUCUCCAGAAUUAAACUGAGAAUAAUACUUCCUGUUCACAUACUUCAGAAAGAAAAAUGAUACUAUGCCUGUCAUACAUCACCCACAGGGAUUACUUGUUUGUAAAACCAUCCUAACAUCUGACCUUGGGAACCAAGUGACUGAUUAUCUUGUUUUGGGAAGGUGAAACAUAAAUUCAAGUGUGAGAGAUCUUAGAUUGCUCACUUGAUACAAGAUGAAAUAGGUAAGACAGUGGAAAAUAAACUUAUAUUCGUAAGUGGUCCAGUACUUGGGCCAAACUUAAACUAGGGUACAGCAAGAUUCUGGCUGCAUAUUGUGCAUUGCACACAAUAUUUUAUCAUAUAAUAUCAAUUGCUUCAUCAUCCACACAGCUGUUCCUCAGCUGGCUGUUUCCUGGACACUGGAUAGCAAAUAGUCAGAAAUACCAGGUCUAGAAAGUUCCACAGUUUUUCCACCAUGAUGUGAUUUAUGGUAUAUCAAAUUCAGAGAAGAACCUGCCAAGUCAGACAUUGGCCUGCUUGCAGUGAACUCGGAUAGCAGGGUUCAGAACACACUGAGGAGAGAGCAGAUGCCAUCCUGAAGGUUUCUUGGGUUACUUGUGUGAAUUCCAGUGCUCCAACUAGAUGCUCCUCUAAACCACCAAGAUAUCCAGCAAGAUGGCACAUAAAUCUCCAGAAAAAAAAUGGUCAUUCUACUAGAGAAUAACUUCAUGUACAUAUUUUUUGCACAUUUUGUGUUAGCUUCUGUAUUAUUUAUUUGUGUUUGUAUUGACUGGUUGCCAGGAAACUUAGAGAGGAUGUUCUGUUAUCUCAUUGAAUCUGAUUGAAGGGUCCACAAUAGAUUUAUAUCCUUUCAAUCCCUGAUCAUGUUAUAUGUUUGAAAGAUAAAAUAUUUAAAUUACGUUGUGGUUGCUUAUUUGGCUUUCUUCCCGGCCUGUAAUAAUCUUUACUUUUGGUUUUAAUGCAAAUCUCUUUACAUUGAACACAUAUUUGGGUUUGCCUAUGUCACAGGUGGGUUUAGGCUCGAGCUUGAAGGAUUUUUGUAUGUUUCAGACACAAAAAAGUACUGGAAGUACAAAAGUACUGAAAUCAGAAGUAAUAGGCCUUGAAAAUCUGAGCUGUAUUAUGCCUCAAAAUUGUUCCCUAUCUGUGCUGUAACUUUAGUCCUUUGAUUAGUUCCUUGAACAUCCUAUUCAUUUUUAUUGUUUUUUUUAUCAUGUAUUAUUUUUUACAGCGGUCAUCAGAGUAGUAAGAAAGGUAUCUGUAACACAGUCACAUCUCAGCUAAAGCCAAGCAAUUUUGAUCCAUCUUCUAUUUGCCCACAACAGAUCCUAUCACGACACAUUUUGGGCCACAGGCUGUAGAGAGUGUGUGUGAGGCUCUCAGGUGUUCCAGCCAUCUCCAGGCUGGUGUGUCCUACUUACUGACCUGUGUGUGACAGUGUGUGUGAGAUCCAGAGAACAGCUUCAUACCAUUAACCAGCCAUGUGCCUCUUAAGCAACUUCCAACCACAAACCAAGCAUCCCAGCUGGCCAACUUUUGCUUUCCAGCUUAUGAAAGCUUUCCAGCCUCUGCAUGUAAUUGACUCCAGAAGCACAAUCAGUGAUGGCAGUUACGGUACCAAACACUCGUAGAAAGUGCUAAAUAAUUCUGUAUUGAAAAAGAAAAAUAAUUAAAAUACAUAGUAAAAUGCUACAAUUCAAACAACUGAGGUUAUUUAAUGCAUAACCUUAUGUCAAGAACAACACACCUCUUGCAGUGUUUUCUUAUUUCUAAUAUUCUUUAUUCUUCCCAUUACUUCAACUCAGUAGCAAAGACAGCAAUUUCUUUUCUAAUACCUGUUCAGUAAAGUGUCUCACACUUGCUUAAAAAACUUGGAAAGAUCUGUAAAGAUUUUUAGCUAACCAACUAAUAUAGCUAAUAAAAAAGAGCAACAAGGCAAGGUUCUAGAUGCAUAGGUUUCCUGAGAUCUUAGAGGCAGCAGAUUUCAAGCUGAGUGUGAAUCAUUUGUUCUGACUUUAACAUAAUGGUUUUAAUCUGUGCAAAAGAACAGUGGGACUGGCGUCUCAGAAGCUGUGGGGCAGAAGUGUCAUCAAAGCAAGAAACAAUAAAGUAAUUUGUUAAUCCCAGAGGGAGGGAGAGACAGGAACAUGUCUUUUUAUAAUUUCUACAUCCAUGAGGAUGUGGUGAAUAGUAUUAUUUACAGUUAUAUGUUACACUGAAGUGGUGACAAUCAGCCAGAUGAGCCUGUGCUGUUUUAAACACUCAGAGAAUACUCUGAUUAGAAAUGUCUCAUGUAAGAGCUGUGCCAAUGUGGAGAAAUUGUACUGUCCAAAAGGCAUCUGCCCUUUUCCUUAAACUCAUUCAAGCCUGGGGAAGUUCACAAAUAUAGAUUCAACCUGUUUUAACCAUUCAUAGAUGUACUAGCAGUAUUAUAAAAACAGCUGUCUCCAGAUGUGAUUUUGAGGGAGAAAAUGUUUCAGAUGAAAACAAUAUGUAUAUCACUUAAUUUGAGUUCUGUUGGAUGCCAAAAUCCUGUGUAAAUCUAUUAACAGCCAACUACUUAUGGCAAAUGAAAAUAUAAUGUACAAGAACAUUACAAGGUGUUCUGCAUCUCUGCAGAUAGACCUGUGGAAGCUACUGAGAUUGAGGUAGUAUUUCCUGCUGUGCCCAUUUUGUGAACUACUUAAGAACUCUGUUAUCUGACAUUCUUCAUUCUUAUAUAGAAGUAAAUAUAAUCUCCCCUCCUACUAACCUACUUUUUCUUUCUGCUACAUGCAUUUCAGUCAUUGUAUCUGACAGAGGCUGAACUCUAAUUCAGAGUAGUUCCUUUUUCCAGCUUGUGUGUGCAUGCACACAUAAGCAUCUGAUCACACCUGCUCUGCCUAUUUUUAAAUGCAAACUCUUGAGUGCUCUGGAGUAAAAAGUUAUCAGAAUAAAGCGUGGACAACUUGA